AUGAGUCUAUUGUUACUUAAGGGAAUUCUUUUAAUGAUAUCUGAUGCAGGUUUGUGUAAAACAGUUUUUAAAACCUCUUCAACGGCUGGCAAAAUUAACUUUUCUCCGAUAGUAUGCGGUUUCCCGGAUUUUGCUAUAAGUAACGAGAUAUUGUAAGACGCCCGCAAACCAUCAUCAUUUCUUUGUGACGUCGAAGCGAACAUUCUGUCCAGUGUAG